GACCUCCUAAAAAAUGUUCCAUCCAUCGAAGUGGCCGCUUCCUUCUUCGUCGUAGGGAGAUUCGAAUCGGAGGCCAUUUAUGCGGGCGACGUCGACGAGAUGAAUGAAUCUCCAUCAUGCGCGGCUGCUAAAGCUCGGCCUGGAUCGGGAACCCGUCAAGGCCACCCAGCUCCUCACCGCGUAUGCUAGCCUCCCCUCCGCGGACUCGUUAACCUGCGCCCUCCGCCUCUUCGCCCAGGUCCCCUCCCGCUCCCGCGAUCCCGUCCUCUGGACCGCGCUCCUCUCCGCCUUCGCCCGCUCCGCCCGCCCCACCGCCGCCGUCCGCCUCUUCUCUCGCCUCCCUUCCAUUCGGUCCAACCCCUUCGCCUUCGCCUCAGCUGCCCGCGCCGCUGCCGCCUCCGCGGAGACCGACCCCCGCGUUGCCCGCGCUCUCCACGCCCAGGCAAUACAGCAUGGUUUCCACUCCAAUGUCGUUGUCGCCACCUCCAUCCUCGGCUUGUACUCUAAGAUCAACGAUUUGGACUCGUCUUGUAAGAUGUUUGAUGGAAUGCCUCAGAGAAACGUAAUUACUUGGAAUUCCAUGAUCUCCGGCUAUACCUCUGCUGGAAUGGGUGUCCAAGCGUUAGAUCUGUUCUACAGAAUGAGAUAUAUUGAAUUUGGGUUGGAUGUUGAUGAAUUCACAGUGGCGAGCGGUUUGACUGCCUGUGCUGCGCUUAGUGAUCUGAGAUCGGGCACACAGAUUCAUGGCUUCCUUAUCACGCUAGGGCAUGAGACAGAUACUGCGGUAAUAAAUGCUUUGGCUAACAUGUAUUUUAGAUGCGGGGAAGUGGAGUGUGCUGAGAGAGCGAUGCAGGGGGGAGAAGAGUCUGUAGAGUCUAAGCUUAUGAUGAUCAAAGGCUAUGUCUUUAAUGAGAGGUAUUGUGAUGCCACUAAGAGCAUUCUUUGUCAUAGUGGCGGUUUUAUGGAACUUGUCAAGAUGGAUCAUAGUGUUAUUGUUUCCUUGCUUAAAGUGUGUGCCAAUCUUGGAUUGGUUAAAACUGGGAGGCAGGUUCACGGUCUUCUCCUUGCUUUGGGUCUUUAUGAAAAUUGCUGUUCUUCUGAUGGCAAUGAUGCUAUUCUUGGGAGUGCUUUGAUUGAUAUGUAUUGCAAGUGCUCUAGCAUCAGAGAAGCUCAACAUGUUUUUGGUAGUAUGGGGGACAGGCACGUGUCACAUUGGAACUCAAUGAUCACAGGUUGCAUAUAUAAUGGUUUGAUCAAUGAAGCACGUCAGCUCUUUGAUGCUAUGCCUGACAAAAAUGUGAUCUCAUGGACGGCUAUGAUCUCGGGAUACGUACAGGAUGGAUUACCAAAUGAGGGGCUAAGGUUACUGGCAAGAUUGUAUGGUGAAAGUGGGCCGAUUCGAGGGAACUGCUUCACCUUGGCAAAAGCUCUAGACGCUUGUGGCUGUCUAGUGGCACUACAUGCUGGCAAAGAGAUCCAUGCUCAGGCACUAAGAAUGAUGGCUGGGGAUGGAGAUGAUCAUGUGGUCAUCAAAACUGCUCUUAUUGAUAUGUAUUCAAAGUCAGGAAAUUUGAACUAUGCAAGGAGAAUAUUUGAUAGAAUGGAAAUUAAGAAUGUAGUAUCUUGGACAUCAAUGAUCACUGGUUAUGCUGCACAUGGUUUAGGUUUACAAGCUAUUGGAGUUUUUGAGCAGAUGAUAAGCAUGGGUUUGGAACCAAACGAGGUUACUUUCAUAGCUGUUUUGAGUGCUUGUAGCCAUUGCGGUUUAGUUGAGCAAGGGAUAAACUACUACAACUUGAUGAUGGAGAGGUAUGGUAUCACACCAAGAGUUGAUCACUACACUUGCUUGGUUGAUAUGUUAGGACGAGCUGGCAAGCUUGCAGAAGCUCGGAAGUUGGUGGAAGAGGUAAAAGAUGCUGAAACAAACUAUAACAAAGACAGAGGCAUGGAGAAUGGUAAGGGUGCUUCUAUUUGGGGCGCGUUGCUUGGGGGAUGUAGGUUGCAUGGUAAUGUGGAGAUUGGAAGCAAGGUGGCUAGAAAGAUGCUAGAGAAAAAGCAGCAGAUUUCUGAUACAUAUGUUGCAUUGUCUAAUGUUUAUGCAGCUGCUGAGAUGUGGGAUGAGGUUUACAGAGUUAGAGAAGACUGGAGAAAGAAAGGUGUUUCGAGAGAGGCUGGACAUAGCCAAAUCCAGAUUGGGACUCUUAAGUAGGCUUUUGAAGGGCUCAAAAUUAACAGUUGGUAGUGUGGAUGUCUGAAUCUGAUGUGAAUCUCUGAGAAGGUUGGGAAAAAUUGACUUAUUAAUUCUAUUACAACCAGAUGCUUAUUAUGAUCAGGUUGUCAUGAAACAUGUCACAUGCAGAUUCCAUCAGGUCAUUGUAUGAUUCCAUAAUUGAAAUCAGCUCUGGCAGAUUCUUCUAGACCUAAGUAUUUAUCUGUGAGCUACUAUUGAAUGCUGUCAAGGGACUCAGCAGGUGGAAGGAUCUUUGAAGCACUACCUCAAAACUAUUGAUGAAGAGGUUCUGUUGCGGCUUGUCAUGUCAGAAGCAUGUUUGUCAAAAAAUUUCUCGAAAUGCCACAGCACCAGUCAAGUGAGAUGACAUUGUUACCAUCAUAGUGGUGCUAAUGUCUUCUUCAUCGAUAAUCUUCUUCCAUUUCUUGGCAUAGGCAUAACUUGUCGCAAGAUAUAUUUAUCUCUACACUCAUGUUGAGAGAAGCAGUUGAUCAGAUAAAGAAACAGGAUUAUUGAUUGACAUGCUCUCUCCGACCUCACAAUCAAUAGAUAUUGACGGAUCUGUAAAUGUGGUGCAGCGGCCAAGAGAGGCUUCCGAAGAUGAUGAAGAUGAUUGAGGUGAUGGAUCUUAUCUUUAUUUGCGUGUCCAAAACAUAAGUGCAGGAUCCAUCAAUUUAGUAUAGUUAUUUGUAUCCCUACUGAAGGAAUAGUUGUACGUUAGUUGUAAGCCAAGGUGUAAAUUAGGGUGUGUAUACUCUCAUUUUAGAAGAUAAGGGGGAACAAAUUAAGUUGUGUAAUUUCUUUGCAGCGAGUACAAAAAGCAUCGAGUGGAAGAAAUUAAUGGCUGCCAUGAAAUAGCUAAUUAUGCCAUUCUGUAUUUUCA